CCCGCACCCAUGGGCGGCUGCCGGGCCCCGCCGCGGCCCGGGGGGGGCCCUCGCCGUCCUGCGCCCCCCCGGUACCGGCCAGCGCCGGCGGGGCACGGCCGGGGACUGAGGCAAAGACCGGGAAGAGGCCACGGGAAGCUCGGGGAAAUCCCGCGCUCUCCCAGCCUGGAGCAGCUCCGUGCUCUCCUCUCCAGCUCCGUGUCCCACUGAUUUUGGGAUCCCGGCGUUGCAGCAGGAUGGAGAGCAAGGCCGUGGAUCUCCACACCUUCUCCGAGCGGGAGAACGGAUCCGUCCUGGAGGAGCCCUUCGAGGGACGGAGCCUCUCCAAGCUGAACCUCUGCGAGGACGAUCCCGGCCGCGGGACGCGGUGCUGGCGAUGCCGCGGCCGGAUCGGCUCCGUGGCGGCGCUGAAAUAUUCCGUGGUGGGACUUUACCUCCUGCUCCUCCUCAUCCUCGUGGGAAUCUUCGUCCUGGCAGCCCCGUCCACUGGAAACCCCCUGAGCCUGCGGCCGGGACUCCGAUCUCCGACUUUUCCAUGGAAUGCUGGAGGGUCCCGGCCCCAGGCGUCCCCCGAGGACCUGGAGGCGCUGCUGGGGAACGUCCAGCGGCUCAACGAGACCUUCCAGGACCUGCAGCUGCAGCUGCUGCACCCCCUGCCCAAGGGCGACCUCCUGGAGCACAUCUGGAGGCUCCAGGACCUCCUGCAGAACCACUCGGACUCGCUGCUCCUGCUGAGCGGCUCGCUGCAGCGGCUGCAGGAGCUCCUGUGGAGCCUGCAGAGCCAGGCCGGCCAGACGGAGCGCUCGGUGGCCCGGCUGCGCGACUCGCUGGCCCAGCAGAGCGACGCGGCCCAGCUGGAGCUGUCGCGGCUCUCCGUGGACGCCAACGGCAGCCGCCUGCUCCUGGAGCACCACCAGCACCUCCUGGGCCACCUGGGCGGGCGGCUGGAGGCCCUGGGCGAGCAGGUGGCGGCGCUGGGAGGGUCCGUGGACUCCAUGAACCGCAGCUUCUCCUACGACGUCCGCGUGCAGCGUUCCCGGCUGCGGGACCUGCAGGGGCUCCUGGGCAACGCCAGCGCGGACGGGCGGCGGAUGCGGGCGGCCCACGCGGCCGUGGAGCGGCAGCUGAGGCUGGAGCUGGCCGUGCUCAACAACGUCACCGAGGAGCUGCGCAUGAGGGACUGGGAGCAUUCCGUGGCGCUCCGGAACGUCUCCGUCAUCCAGGGGCCGCCGGGACCCAAAGGAGACCGAGGCACGGAAGGGAUGGAGGGAGAGCCCGGCCUUCCCGGCCUUCCCGGGCUCCGAGGGCUGCCCGGGGAGCGGGGACCGCCCGGCCCGCGCGGAUUGAAGGGGGACCAGGGAGAGCUCGGCCCUCGCGGUCCCGCGGGAACGCGCGGAUUCAAAGGCGAGCGCGGCCCCAAGGGGGACAAGGGGGACAAGGGGGACCGAGGAGCUGCUGGUGGCACCGCCCCGGCCGAGGGCUCGGUGCGGCUGGUGAACGGCUCGGGGGCGCACGAGGGGCGCCUGGAGAUCUUCCACGAGCGCCGCUGGGGCUCGGUCUGCGACGACGGCUGGGACGGCCGCGACGGCGACGUGGCGUGCCGCAUGCUCGGCUUCCCCGGCGCCGCCGACGUCUUCCGCAUGGCGCGCUUCGGCCAAGGCUCCGGGAAGAUCUGGAUGGACGACGUCUCCUGCUCGGGCUCCGAGGAGUCCCUGGAGCUCUGCGGCUUCUCGGGAUGGGGCCGCACCAACUGCGGCCACGCCGAGGACGCCGGCGUGCGCUGCCGGAUGGACUGACCCCAAAACACACAGGGCUGACCCUAAAACGGGACUGACCCCAAAACAGGGACUGACCCCAAAAACAGGGACCGACCCUAAAACGGGA